GUCAAUAAAGUGAGCCUUUUCCAGCAAGUAAAUGGCUGUGUUUUCUAAAGGCCAAUAUCAAUAUUGACAGUGGGGGAACGUCCUGUGGUCUGAGCCUGCAGCUUUCACAGCAGGCUGGUCUUCCAACAGUCCCUGCUUUGUGUUUCUACCCACUGUGCCUGCAGCCACACUACGACUUCUCCAUAAGACCGAUUUUUGAGUUCUGACCUGAUCUUCUGACAAUGAGAAUGCUGCUGAGGGUCUGUCUCAUUGCAGCUCUGCUAGUAUGCUAUGUCCUGUUAAGUUGUGCUUCAGAGCAUAAAAAGAGGAAAGGUGAAGAAUUUCAAAGCUCUGACAAGAACACUGACAGCACCAUCCAGGUGAAGAGAAAUUACACAAGAGCGCAUGACAGGAGACCUAAGGUUGUGACUCGCAGGAAGACGGUCAAGAAGACAGGAAGUAAGAACAUUUCCAUGGAACCAAGAAGUGACACCGGCUGCACCAAACUGGGAGGCAUCUGCCAGCCUAAACGAUUCAUCUGCCAAGGCCAAUACCUGAAAGACAAAUGUUCAAGGGCUAAAACACAAAACCGGCAAUGUUGUAUGCCAGUUGGAGCCUGGAGCGUCCUUUGUGCUGGCCACCACAACAACAGAGUGAGGGCGUGCGAUGUGCAUGGCAGAGCUUUCAACUCCAGAGGUGGUAAAGGCUUCCAUAAAGCAGUGGACUUGGUGUGUGAUGACUAUGGUAUUGUCAACGCUCCAUUCUCAGGCUCUCUGGCGGGUCCAGUGAGUCAAAAAGACCAUGCUGGAAUUCAGUAUGAUGGGGUCAAACUUCUCAACGAUGUGCACUGUGUGAAGAUCUUCAACAUCCGUCCUUACCGUUACAUUGGCCCAGCGGCUCAGGGAGAACCUUUGGGUUAUGUGUUGCCACUGCAGGAACGCUUCUCUGGCAUCACCUCACACCUGGAGCUGCAGAUGUGUGACGGCACUGACCCUUCACCUUUGAUAUGAGCCCUGACACACGGUCUUUUCUAUGACCUCAGAGUUUUUACCUUUGUGACCUUUCCUUAUCCAAUUUUCCCUUCACUUUUAAUAUGACUUUUAACUUUUAUAUGUCAUGUAACCUUUGACCCAUGACCCUGCAAAUAAUCCCUAAUACUGAAUACUUAAAUAUGAUUAUGACACUUAAUGUUACUUCUAACUUUUCCAUUCCCUAAACAUUUGCAGUUGUUUUGUUCAACAGCUCUGACACUUCACUUUUCAUAUCACAUUUAACAUCUGGCUUGUGAUGCAACAGUAUCAUAUUUUCAUCCUCUACUGUAUGUAGCCUACACAACUUUGGGCUCUCCAGCAUUUUAAAACCAAUAUCUCACAUUUUGAGAAUUAUUAUUAUAUUUAUAUUUUUUCACCACCAAAGGACAACUGUUUCUCUGAAGUACAUAAUUCUUAAAAGCUCAUGAUGGCCAGCGUUUGUGUGACUGAUGAUCCUUUAUCUCAUUUUUUUGUUCAUAUUUUAGCCUUUGUAUUUUCAUAUUACCAUUUUUCCACUGAAUGUCAUGUUUUUUUUAAAGUUAACUGGAAAAACUAAAUUUAUCAUAUCUAUCAUAACUUACAUUUAUUUUUACACACA